AUGAUUAAAUUAUUUGUAUCAUUAUUAUUAUUAUCUAUUUGUAUUAAUAGUUCCUAUGGAUUUUCAUAUCCAGAAGAAGGUGCUUAUGUUGGAAUCAAUUCAAAUUUUAUUUCAAUUUUAACAAACGAGUUUACAAGUUUAUUCCAAAAUCAAAUAAAUUCAUUCCAAGUACCAGAUAUUAGUGGAAGUGUAGGAAGUGAUAAAUAUGAUUUUAGUUCAAUUUCGCAAUCCGUUCAAUUAAGUGGUUUUUAUUAUACCCAAACAGGAUCAGGUCAAUAUCAAAUUGGAUUCCAAAGUAUUACCUUUUCAAUUCAUACUGAUUUUAAAGCAUGUGUACACAAGAUGGUUGAUGGCAAGCAAAUUGAUCUCUGUGAACAUGGUAAUGUUAAAAUCAAUUCCCAAGCAACUAUUUCAAGCACUUCAAAUGUAAAUGUUGUUUUUGACACCUCAUCUCCAUCCCUUACAUGUUUAUCAACUACUAUUAAUGUACCAUCAAAUGGCAUUAAUUAUGAAGUUGAUUGCACAAGUAGAAUCUGUGAUAAGACCCAUGAUAUUCGUGAUAAAAUCGAACAAGAUUUUAUUCCACAAGUUCAAACUUCAGUUACUACUGCAAUUAAUGGUAUGAUAAGCAAAUAUGAAACAUUUUUUACAACUUUAAAACCAUUAAAUAUUUUAUUUAAAGGUAACGAAUUAUUUGUAAAUUCCGAAGGUUAUUUAAUUCAAUCAAAUAUUUCAUCAGCAUCCUUAACCCCAACAUUACUUUAUGCUAUUAAUGGCGGCGUUGUUGUAAAGAAUUCUAAUGGUCAAUAUAUUUACCCAUCACAAUCACCAAAUACAUUGCCAUCUUACAUUGCUGUUGAGCAAUUUUCAAGUGAUGUUUCAGUUGUCUUGACCCCAUUCUUUUUUGAAUCACUAGUCGAUGCUGGUCUUGAUAUUAUGCUUCCAUUCGAAAUUACUGAAGAAAUGGUACCACCAUCAUCCCCAAUUCAUUUAAAUACAUCUGAUCCAUUCUUUAACCAAACUGCACCAGGUCUUACUGCUAAAUAUCCAAAUUCAUUAAUAUCAGUUUCUCUUAAUUCACCAGCUCCACCAACCGUUUCCCUCAAUCAAACUGGUAUUUUUAUUCGUACUGCUAUUAGUGCCGACUUCUAUGUUGAAUCUUUAAACACAAAAGAAUUCUCUGUUGUAUUUUCAUUUGGUAUUGAGCUUACACCAACUUUAAAACAAGUUUCAAAUGGUUUCAACAUUUCAGCCACUCUUGAUACAAUCGAUGUUUAUUCAGCUCUAGUUUCAUUUUCAAGUGUUGGUGAUGUUGAUACUACUGGUUUCAUUCAACUCAUUCAAUUAAUUCAAGGUUUCAUUCAAGUUCCAAUGGUUACUAUUCAAAAUCCAUUAACAACUUUCUCAAUUACCUCUUUAUCUUUUUCAGAUAAUAAUCAAUAUAUUCAAAUUUUAUUAAAUUUAUCAAAAGAUAUGUUAUCACAAAUUAAAAUAAAUUAA